AUGGCUGCCUCUCAUAUUAUCGGAUACGCCGACCCUUUGGUCGCUUCUCCCGGCCAGACCGUCGCCAUUCAUGUCUCCUGCCACCGUGAGCAAUAUUCCAGCCAUCUCGUGCGUCUAGGACCCGGCCUUUUACAGCAUCCAGACGCUCCGCCCGAGGAUCGUCGCCGAGUCGAGUCCGUUCCCUCCGGCCAGCACGUUGGUCGUCCUCAGUUCUCGCGUCCGGGCUCCUUUGCAACAGUGCCAUGGAAAGGGGAGCAAUUGCCUCAGGGGCGAGUCCGGAUCUCCUUCUGGAUGCAACCCACGCUGCUCCAGGCCGGUCACGACCAAUACCUGUUCUCCUCGCUCGAUCCAGACGGUGGGGCGGGAUUGGGGGCCCUUAUCGACGAGGGAUCGCUGGUGAUGUUGACAGGCUCCCCAGAUGGAGUGCAGCGCGUGUCCCUGGAGAUUCCCCUGAAGCGACAUACUUGGUAUCGGCUGAUGUUCUCCUGGGAUCCGGAUUCGCGCAUAGUCGCCCUGGAUGCGCAGUCUAAAUCCGCCCAUGUCGGACUGGCGUCCACCACACACGCGGAGACUCACCAGGUUCCUGGGAUGAAUCUGACCUCCUCGCAGCCCCUGACUAUCGCCAGUCACUCGGGGGCUCAGCGAGUCGCUCGUCAGCCUAUCCCUUCGACUAGCUUCAACGGCAGGAUCGACGGGUUCCGUGUCGAGGUUGCAUCGCAGCGCAUUCUGGAUCUGGAUUUCUCCCAGGACAUCUCCAGCAAUACUCUGCGCGAUAUAUCUCCCAGUGGCACACAUGGCAUGCUGAUCAACUCGCCCACGCGCGCCGUUACCAGCCAUGACUGGGAUGCAAGUGAGGUCGACUGGACGCGCGCCUCAACCGGGUACGGCGCCAUUCACUUCCACGACGAUGACGUUGACGACGCCUUCUGGGAGCCGGACUUUGCACUGACUCUGCCGGCCAACCUGCACUCAGGUUGCUACGGGGUGGUUGUGUCGGAUGGCGAGACGGAAGACGUGAUCCCUGUCUUUGUGCGACCGAAUCUAUCCCAGACAUCGAAUCCUCCCGUGGUGCUGAUCAUGCCUACGUUCACGUAUACCGCGUACGCCAACGAUCGCAUGUACGAUGUCUCGCGCGAUGUACAUAUCGACAUCCCGGGGUCCGACUCGGUGACGAAAAGUCGUCAGAUCCAGAUCCUCGAAGAACGGCCGGAUCUGGGCAUUUCACUGUACGAUAGCCACAAUGACGGGUCCGGCACGUCGCAUUCAUCUACCAAGCGGGUGGUGUUGAACAUGAGACCAGACUACUUCCACUGGGGCUUCGGAGGUCCUCGAGAAUUCCCCGCCGAUCUAUGGUACGUCGGGUUCCUGGACCGCGAACUGGGCGCCAACAACUACGACAUCAUCACGGACCACGACCUGUCAAUAUACGGCGACUCACUGCUCCUGCGAUACUCUGUCGCGCUGUCAUGCAGCCACCCGGAGUAUCCGACCUACGCGAUGCUCGACACCUACGACGCCUUCCUGGCGCAAGGUGGCUACUUCAUGUACCUAGGAGGCAACGGCUACUACUGGGUAACCGGACACCAAGCGGACAACCCUCACCGAAUCGAGGUCCGUCGCGCCGACCAAGGCUGUCGCACCUUCAACCUACCCCCUGGACACUGGCAUCUAUCCAGCACCGGCGAGCUAGGUGGUCUCUGGAGGUCUCGAGGACGCACCCCCAACCGCUUCUGCGGACUGGGAUCCGACGCGUGCGGGAUGGGUCAAGGAUGCGGAUACGGGAUUGUACCUGAGGCGAGAAACAAUCCGACCCUAUCAUUCCUGUUCCAAGGACCACGACUCGGCGAUCCCCGCGUCAACGUGAUCGGCGACUUCGGUCUGGUGCAGGGCGCCGCGUCGGGAGAUGAGAUCGAUCGUUUGGAUUACUCUCUGGGCACGCCGAGUAAUGCCAUCAUGGUGGCGACGACGAAGCUGGCGGGUGGCCAUUCGGAUAACUAUGGUCUGUUUAAUGAAGAGAUCCUCUUUCCGAUGGUGAAUACGACCGGCACCACGAGCGACAAGGUGCGGAGUGAUCUAGUGUACUUCAAGACGGCGGCGGGCGGUGCUGUAUUUGCUGUUGGGUCGAUUAAUUGGGUCGGCGCGUUGGCGUGGAAGAACUACGAGAAUAAUGUGGCGGAUAUUACGGCGAAUGCGCUGCAUGAGUUUGUGAGAAGACUGAAGUAG